AUGACAUCAUAAGACUGUGCCUCCUCCUGCUCUUUUGUGAUUCGGCUGAAGAAAGAUAAUCAUCCACAUGACACACUAUUAUAAAGAUGUCGUUUAUUAAAGAGGAGAGAGAAGACAUUAGGAUUGCAGAAGUGUUCAGCAUCAAACAUGAAGAUACUGAGGAACAAACAGACCUGAAGGUGCUGAAAGAGGAGGGUCAAGAACUGAAUCAAAAUGAAGAGAAGUACCUGCUUGAGGAAAAUCCAGACUUCAAAACGGAAGAAAAAUAUCUUAGCUGCUCACAGACUGAAGAGGUUUCCACAAGAAUAAGAGCUCAGAAGACAGGAACUAGAGAUUUGACUGAAGAAAAUGAGGACAAUGAAGAAUUGAGAGAAGUUGAAGAGAAAAAUCACUUCAAAACUGGAGAAAACGCUUUGAGUUGCUGUCAAAGAAAACAAAUAUUAUUAAAGAAAACAAGAGCCAAUAAAUCUUUUACCUGCACUCAGUGUGGAAAGAGCUGCAAAUAUAAACAUAUUCUUGAUGUUCACAUGAGAGUUCAUACUGGAGAAAAACCGUUCACUUGUGAUCAGUGCUGGAAAAGUUUCACACAAUCAGCAAGUCUUAAGUUACACAUGAACAUCCACACUAGAGAGAAGCUGUACACAUGUGAUCAAUGCAGGAAAACAUUUUUGAGAGCUUCAGUCCUGAAACAGCACCUGAAAGUUCAUACAAAGGAGAAACCACAUUCAUGUCAUUUGUGUGGUAAGAGAUUUUCACAUCUACAACAUUUAAAAAAACAUCAGAAAAUACAUUCUGGUGUGAGAGAUUAUGUGUGCUUUGAGUGUGAAAAGACUUUUACUUCAGCGACCAGUUUAAAACUUCACCAGAGGAACCACACUGGAGAGAAACCUUACAAGUGUUCACACUGUGACAAGACAUUCAGUCAGUCAGCAACUUUAAAAAUACAUGAAAGGAUCCACACUGGAGAGAAACCGUAUACAUGUGAUCAGUGUGAGAAGUGUUUCAGAAUAAAAGGAAAUCUUUUGGUGCAUAUGAGAGUUCAUACUGGAGAGAAGCUGUUCACUUGUGGUCAGUGUGGAAAGAGUUUUGGACGAUCAGCAAACCUUAAGAGGCACUUGAGCAUCCACACUAGAGAGAAACUGUACACAUGGGAUCAAUACGAUAAUUUUUUUUUGAGAGCUUCAGUCCUGAAAAAACACCUGAGAGUUCAUUCAAAAGAGAAGCCACAUUCAUGUAAUUUGUGUGGAAAAAGGUUUUCAAGUCUAAAAAGUUUUAAAGAACAUCAGAAAACACAUACUGGUCUGAGAGAUUAUGUGUGCUUCGAGUGUGAGAAGACUUUUACUUCAGCGAACUGUUUGAAACAGCACCAAAGGAUUCACACUGGAGAGAAACCUUACAAGUGUUCACACUGUGACAAGAGAUUCAGUCAGUCAUCACAUCUGAAAACACAUGAGAGGAUUCACACUGGAGAGAAACCGUAUCAUUGCACUGCAUGUGGGAAGUGUUUCAAUCAAUCUUCUGCCCUAAACAGACAUACAAAAAACAAUCACAAAAUUCAGCUGGAAAAUUCCCAUCAGUUUACAAGUGAAGACGAGCAUCAAAGCUUCGGGAAGAAAUCUGUAAAGUCUGAGUUUAUUAAAAAGGACCGAGAGGAGAUGGGAGAUCCAGAACCCUGCAGAAUCAAACACACUGAAGAUACUGAAGAACUAACAGUGUUGAUUGAAGAACAUGAGGACAAUGAAGAAUUGAUUGAAGUUGAGGAGAAAAAUCACUUCAAAACUGGAGAAAACCCUUCGAGUUGCUGUCAAAGCAAACAGAUAAUAUUACGGAAAACAAGAGCCAAGAAAUCUUUCACCUGCACUCAGUGUGGAAAGAGCUGCAAAUAUAAACAUAUUCUUGAUGUUCACAUGAGAGUUCAUUCUGGAGAGAAACCAUUCACUUGUGAUCAGUGCUGGAAAAGUUUCACACAAUCAGCAAGUCUUAAGUUACACAUGAACAUCCACACUAGAGAGAAGCUGUACACAUGUGAUCAAUGCGGGAAAACAUUUUUGAGAGCUUCAGUCCUAAAACAGCACCUGAAAGUUCAUACAAAGGAGAAACAACAUUCAUGUCAUUUGUGUGGAAAGAGAUUUUCACAUCUACAACAUUUAAAAAAACAUCAGAAAAUACAUUCUGGUGUGAGAGACUAUGUGUGCUCUGAGUGUGAAAAGACUUUUACUUCAGCGACCAGUUUAAAACUUCACCAGAGGAACCACACUGGAGAGAAACCUUACAAGUGUUCACACUGUGACAAGAGAUUCAGUGUGUCAGCAACUCUAAAAAUACAUGAAAGGAUCCACACUGGAGAGAAACCGUAUACAUGUGAUCAGUGUGAGAAGAGUUUCAGAAUAAAAGGAAAUCUUUUGGUGCAUAUGAGAGUUCAUACUGGAGAGAAGCUGUUCACUUGUGGUCAGUGUGGAAAGAGUUUUGGACGAUCAGCAAACCUUAAGAGGCACAUGAACAUCCACACUAGAGAGAAACUGUACACAUGUGAUCAAUGCGGGAAAACAUUUUUGAGUAGUUCAGUCCUGAAAACACACCUGAGAGUUCAUACAAAGGAGAAACCACAUUCAUGUAAUUUGUGUGGAAAGAGUUUUUCACGUCUGCAAAGUUUGAAAAUACAUCAGAAAACACAUACUGGUGUGAGAGAUUACAUGUGCUUUGAGUGUGAGAAGACUUUUACUUCAGCGACCUGUUUAAAACAUCACCAGAGGAUUCACACUGGAGAGAAACCUUACAAGUGUUCACACUGUGACAAGAGAUUCAGUCAGUCAUCACAUCUGAAAACACAUGAGAGGAUUCACACUGGAGAGAAACCGUAUCAAUGCACUACAUGUGGGAAGCGUUUCAGUCAAUCUUCUGCCCUAAACAGACAUACAAAAAACAAUCACAUUAAGUAGAUCAUCUUCAGAUCUUUCAGGUCUGUUUCGCAUCAUUACAAAAAGAUGACACAAUAAUGCAUCAAGCUAUGAAAUAUCAUCUGCAUACAUCUGUCAUUACAAGUGACAUGAUGAAGAAACAUUAUCUAAAGUUUUCACAGUGAAUAAAGUUCAUCUUCAAAACCAGCAGAUUCAGCUGGGAUUCAGGUCAGCUCAAAGAUAGAAUUCCUUGUUUUUAAUUUUGCUUCAUGAUAUAAAUUAUAUCAUUGUGCUUCCUUAUGAGUUUCAUGUUGUUUACACAUGCAUAUAAGUUACUUGCCGUUUGCUUACUCUUUCAUAAAGAAAAGCAGAGGUUUUUACAAACUGUUCUUGUUCAGGCAGCUUAAAGAAGAUACACUUUUAAGAAAGACUUAGGUUUAUUAAAAAUUUUGUUCUUCACUGUUUCUUCUAAAAUUACUUAGAAUGUUUCUAAAAAAAAUUUUCACUUAUGAUGUACAGUAGGUGGCCAACCAAAAUGAUGGUUUUAUGUCUCCAAAAUGUUUUUUGUCACGUCUGUAAUGCAUGUGUAUUUCCCAAAUCUAAAAAAGCCUAUAAAACAUGUUCAUAGAUGCAUAUUUUACUGAUGUCUGGACUCUGUUUGGGAUUUAGAAAAGCAUAAACAGAUGGUUCCGUA